AUGGCUGAGUACUUGGCCUCAAUCUUCGGCACAGAGAAGGAUAAGUAUGCCUUAUUUCUUUGUCUAUGCACCUUAAAGAGUUAACUGCUCUUUUUACUUCAAAAUCGGUGCCUGCCGUCAUGGGGAGCAGUGUUCUCGUCUGCAUAAUAAACCAACUUUUAGUCAGGCAGGUUCACCUUUUCCAGUUUUAAGUUUUCAGACAAUACUCCUUCAGAAUCUCUAUAUAGCUCCGCACAGCUCAGGCCAACCGGUAGGAAUUUAUCUGUCGUUAUUUUUCUAGAAUGCAGUCGCGAAUAUGACUGAGGUUCAGGCGCAGCAGUUGUUCGACGAGUUUUUCGAGGAAGUAUUUGUUGAGUGCGAAGAGAAAGUAAACUUCCGAAGUUCUCAUAUUUUUCCCGCUUACAGUACGGUGAAAUCGAGGAAAUGAAUGUUUGUGACAACCUUGGCGAUCAUCUUGUGGGUAACGUUUAUAUCAAGGUAUGUCACUUCUCUCUCACCGUCUGGCGCAGUUUCGUCGUGAAGAAGAUGCAGAGAAGGCGGUAAAGAUGCUCAACUGCAGGUGGUUUGGUGGUCGACCUAUUCACGCAGAGUUGUCGCCGGUUACCGAUUUCCGAGAAGCAUGCUGUCGUCAGUAUGAAGUGGGGUUCGUGCAAUUAUCCUUGUAAACGUGUUAUUUGCCUCUAGCACAACUUCUUUGGUAUUCGAUCGACAGGCCACAUCUCUUUAAAAAGGGCUCUUUCUUCUGUUAACAUAUCUGCUUUCCUCUUUGUAGUAUGUUUAAUUUUCGUGUAACUUAAGUAGCCACAAUUUCAACUGUCGUCGGUCAGGAGCGGCCGGCGUUCUUUUCAUUAUCGCAAGCGAGACAGCUCGUAAGUUGUAGUCCGUUAACUACACUUGCACUGGAUAGGAUAUGCCGGUUCCCAUUCUCUGUAAGUGCAUCAUUGCCUCCCGACGGCAUGGUUGAUUGUCUCGCGCAGCUCUAUCUGCUUAUACAAUCAGCUAUUUAGCAACAGGUUCGCUGUAAAGAAAGAGAAAACCUCAUUUCGUCUCUGAUGGGUUUUAUGGUCUUGCAGCGUUUAG